CCGCACAGAUGCAAAGCGCCUUAAAGUCAGUGAAGAAGGCUGCAUGGUUAGUCGCAGUGCUACGAGCACUAGAAACACUUCUCAGCUUUGAAAACGUGUGUAUUUAUUCAGUUUAUGAUUUACUGCGUGUUUACUUAAUGUUGUUCAGCUAAGCGGUCUUCUACCGAGAGGUCUGUUUAAUAUCUCACUGGCUGCGUAGCCGGUUACGUUUUCGUUUAUAACGUUACCCUGUCCGUCAUUGGCCUGUGUUUACUCCGUGUAAGAGGUUAAAUAUGCAAGUGAACUAAACACGCCUGAGUAAAUUGCUUCGUUUAGUUGGUGAUGACUGUGGUGUGAGGGGGGGAGUGAGGGGGUUAUGUUGAGACUGCCCAAUUUCUGCAGUAUUGUCCGCAGAGCCCUCUGCGUCAGCGCUGAAGAGAUGGGGAAGAAGGGGAGCUUCUUCUACGCCGUGAAGAAGGGCCACAAUCCCGGAGUAUACCAGUCAUGGGAAGAAUGCAAACAUCAAGUUGACAAAUUUCCACGUGCCCAGUAUAAAAAGUUUGCCUCUGAAGUGGAUGCUUGGGCUUUUGUAAGGAACGAACCAACAGGAAUACCUUUGACAACAGACGAUGAUACUCAGUUGCCUAAAAGUGUUCCAGUUGGAGCCAAAAGACCAUGCAAGGAUAUCAAGGAUGAUGGAACAAGUUUGAAACGAUUUAAAGUAUCUGAAGAACCAACUCAACCAAAUGCCUCAGCUGCUGCAGGCAGUACUGAUGGGUUUACUUACAUGGGUGAUGCCGUGGUGGUGUAUACAGAUGGCUGUUGUUCGGGCAAUGGGAAGAAUGGAGCUCGUGCAGGAAUCGGAGUGUACUGGGGUCCUGAUCACCCUCUUAAUGUUGCUGAGAGGCUGCCAGGGAGACAGACGAACCAGAGAGCUGAAUUACAGGCAGCCUGUAAGGCACUGGAGCAAGCCAGAGACAAGAACAUCAAAAAGCUUGUGCUCUACACAGACAGCAAGUUCACAAUUAAUGGCAUCACAAGCUGGGUGAAGAACUGGAAGAUCAAUGGCUGGAAGCUACGAACGGGUGGAGAAGUGGUCAAUAAAGAGGACUUCCAAAAGCUUGACAAACUGAAUGGAGAGCUUGAGGUUAUAUGGAUGCACAUCGCAGGCCAUGCUGGUUACAAAGGAAACGAAGAGGCAGACAGACUCUCCAGGGAAGGAGCAGCAAAGCCCGAGUUUUAGCUGAAGGCUGCUGUGUGUUAAUAUUCAUCCUUCUGAGGCAAUUCAGAAAGUUUGCUUGUUCUGAGUUUGUGUUAUUAGUCCAUAAUGGACAGUGAAACUGCACAUUUUUUUCAAUCCUUGACAAAGAUUUAAGUUCCUCCUAACUUUUACUUAUCAAAGAAGUUGUAAUAAUAUGUUUGUUUGAUUUUCAUGUCAAUAAAGAGCUUAUAUCCAUGCUUU